UAAGUCGAAGCUCCUCCCAUAGGCGGGUGGGGGAACUGAGGAUGUUUAGCGCAAGCGCGUUUGGAAGGGGCGGGAAGUUUGCCUUCCUUCGCUCGCCGUAGCUGUAUUUUUUUAACUGAAAUUUGGAAGUAACCAAAAGCUUUUGGUCCGCUGCCGUUGUUUGUAGUUUGGGAGCAGGUAACAGGACUGGAUAUGCAGGAAUGUCUAGAACAGAAUUGACAAAAGAUGGAACUAUCAGUACCAGUGCUAGCCCCAGUAUGUGGUUUGGACAGUGUCAGUAUACAGCAGAGGAGUACGGGGCCAUUCAGGCUGCUCUGCGACAGAGGCUGGGCCCAGAAUACAUCAGCAGCAGACAAGCUGGAGGAGGACAAAAGGUUUGUUACAUUGAAGGACACAGAGUCAUCAGUCUGGCCAAUGAAAUGUUUGGUUACAAUGGCUGGGCUCAUUCAGUUACUCAACAGAAUGUUGAUUUUGUUGACCUAAAUAAUGGGAAGUUUUAUGUGGGUGUCUGUGCCUUUGUGAAAGUCCAACUGAAGGAUGGGGCAUUCCAUGAAGAUGUUGGCUAUGGAGUAAGUGAAGGUUUGAAGUCUAAGGCCUUGUCCCUUGAAAAAGCAAGAAAGGAAGCUGUUACAGAUGGACUGAAGAGGGCAUUGAAGUGCUUUGGUAAUGCUCUUGGGAACUGCAUCCUGGAUAAAGACUACUUGCGAUCAGUGAAUAAGCUUCCACGACAGAUGUCUCCAGAUUUUGAUCUGAGUAAAGCCAAAAGGCAGGACUUGGAGCCUGCUGUUGAAAAGGCUAGGUACAGAAGCUGUCUACAAAAGGCACAUGAAGUCCCACAGCAGUUUUCCACAGCAAUCUCUGGCAAUCCUGACCAGUUAGAAUCUUCCUUGAGCGCUACUGAACAAGAUCAGCAAAACAGCAGAAUGUCACUGUCCUCGGAGUAUGAUGCAACGUAUCAUCGGAAGCUACGACAGAAGCAACUUCAGCAGCGGUUCCGACAGCAAAUGCAGAAGAAACAACAGCUUCCCUCAGAUCCCACAGCUGACAAAGCAAGAGAUCCAGAGGCAUCUACUCUUGCUGCCACGAAACAGAGCACUUCAGCUGUUCUGGAACCCACUGUGGAAGAGGACGUCCUUACAGAAGCAUGUACUCUCCCUGCUGUGAAACAGAGCACAUCAGGACUGCUGGAACCCACUGUGGAAGAAGAGUUCCUUGCAGAUGACCCUGAUCUGUGGGACUUACCUUUGGAGGGUGCUGAUCUCAGUGUUGCCAACCACAGUGCAGCAGCUGUGGCAGCCCAACAUCCAGGCACACCUCUUGGACAGUAUCACAUGACGACUCGCAGGAGAACGCCACAAAGAAUAAAUCAUCAGAGACAGUGUGCAAAACCUGCUCCCUGGAAUCCCUCUUCUGUCCCCAGCCCUUACUUACAAGCUGGAUGCAGCCCAUACAGGAAGAGCCAAGGAAUGAAGAAGAGAAAGCUGGAGCCCUCAUAGCAAUAAGAUGCAUUAUUUACAUAUUACCUGUCCAAAGUGUAUUCAAAACGCAACUUGGAUGGAUAAAAUUUCAGAAUGGCAAAUAUUCUCCAGGCUUUUCUACCUCCAGUAAUAAACAGGAAAAUAUUUUAUACAUGUCUUUUAACUGAAGACUUAAAAUACUACAUCAAAUCUAUCUUUGGAAGAUUGCAGUCUUAAUGGAAUGAAAGUUUGUAAUUUGAUUCCAUAUGCAAAUAUAAAAAUUACUUUAUUAACCUCCCUUAUUUUGAUGGGAAGAGAGCAGCAACAAGGAAGAUGUCUCUUGCAUAAGAAUGUGCUCUAAAGUACUUCUUUGGAUAUGUGUGUCUGGAAAAUUUUUAUUCUUUUAAACAAAAAAGUCCUUGCUUGUAAAGUUUCCAACCAGUUGAUGGAAUCUGAGCUUUUAGGCAAACAUUAGCAGUAAGUUACUUUUUUUGUGGGGAAUAAAGCAGUUUUAAGCCUUUAUCCCCUUGCACUGCUGAUUUGCUACUUAUACAGUAUUAGCGCCCUUUAUAACAGUGAUUAGUCUUUUUCCAUAGUGGUCUGUAUGGUUCAUCUUGGAGGCUAGUCUAACUCUGAAAAUUUUAAAAAUUGCAUACACCUUUUUAAACAUGCAUUUCUCCUAUUCUCUUUAUUGAAUAAAGAAAAAUGGUCAGUGGCUUGGGUGCAAAGUUAACACAGAGGCUGGUCUGGUGUUCAGAAUGGAUGCAAAUGCCUUUCAAAUUAUCUCUUAAGCAUGGAAUACAGCAUCUAGGUCAUACCUGUAUAACUCUGGUGCUCAGUACCUCCACCUCCCUCCUCCCCUCCAGCCUGCAAGCUCAGGCGAAUGGCAGAAGCUUUAAAAGUAGCAGUACACUUACAAAACAUUGACUUAAAAUUUUGGAAAAUGGAAUGCCAACUCUCUUUCCCUUUUGAACCCCAGCCCUGCUCUUGCUGUCUCCUCUAUCCCUGGCUUUGUUAGUCCCCCAUUUCCAGACUCUGCAAGUUCUCUAUCCUACCCUCUUUAUCUCAUUAUUGACUACUCCCAUCCUUUCAAUGGUACCCAUAGCAGUUUCUCAAAUGGUGUCCUAAAAGGCUUGGGUCCCUGCUAUACAUUUGUAUUCAAAAGUCCCAGUGAGAGCACUGUGCUAUUGGCAGGUUUAGUAUGUUCUUUCUAGUGGAUAGGGACAAAAGAUUUCACUUUGGCUUAAAUUGGGUUGUCUUACUGUAUUUGCCAUCUCAAUUGCUGUGAUUGUGUAUUUGUUAUUGCCAUAUUAUAUUAUAGUCAUACGUCUUGUACAUGAUAACCAUUAAAGAUGAAGGGUACUUUACAAUGUUUGUUCACUAAUAAAAAUGCCAGUGUUUUUCCCUGCAAA